AUCACAUCCGCAGCAGUGGUCAGAGUGUACAGCCAGGCUGAACCCCCCAGUGCUGACAGACUGCUAACCUCGCAGUAGGGAAAGUGAGCCGACUUGGGGACUUAAAGAGGACUUGACACCCGGAGCCACUAACAGCAGCUGUGCACAACAGAGUGGUGCCAGGAUGGUCCAGUGGUGGCUUUUGGUUUUCUUGUCUCUGUGUUCGCUGUCUCAUGGCCUGAAUCCUGGAGUCAUAGGGAGGAUCACCCAGAAGGGCAUUGACUAUGGUCGUCAAAUUGGGUUAAUUGCUGUUCAGGAUAAACUGAAAACUCUCCACAUUCCAGACAUAUCGGGUUCAGAGAAAGUCUCACCAAUUGGAAAAGUGGAAUACAGCAUUUCGGGGAUGCGGAUUGUGAAUCUGGGACUACCACAGUCAGCUGUAGGAUUCGCAGCAGGAACUGGCAUUAGCUUGUCUAUUACCAAUGCCUUCAUACAAAUUAAUGGAAACUGGCAUGUGAAAUAUCUCCGAUUUAUCAAAGACCAUGGCACCUUUGACCUCUCGUUGUCUGGUAUCACCAUUUCUGCUACUAUUGGGGUAACACACGAUGAGACGGGAAGACCUACAGUAUGGCCUGCUGGCUGUUCAGCUAAUGUCGCCAGUGCCAAUGUGAAGUUUCAUGGGGGAGCGAGCUGGCUUUACAAUCUUUUCAAGCAGUCAAUUGAUAAAGCUCUUCGCAAUGCCCUAAACAGUCAGCUGUGCACUGUGGUGUCAGGAGCCAUUGAAAGUAUCAAGCCUCAUCUGAAGACAUUAAACGUGCUGGUCAGGGUGGAUCAUUUUGCCGAAGUGGACUAUUCUCUGGUACUGCCUCCAUCGAUUACAAAAAGCUACAUCGAUCUUGGUGUCAAGGGUGAGUUCUAUAACAUCGGGCAGCACCGGGAGCCUCCUUUUUCUGCUCCUUCCUUCAGUCUUCCCAACGAGGCCAGCAACAUGCUAUACAUUGGCCUGUCUGCGUUCACCAUCAACUCGGCCGCCUUUGUCUACAACAACGCUGGAGUGCUCCAGAUAAACGUCACUGAUGAAAUGAUUCCUAAAUCAUCUCCUGUACACUUGAACACCAAAACACUGGGGUUAUUUGUUCCAGAGGUGGCUCGGCGUUAUCCGAACAUGCCUGUGAUCCUGAAUGUGAGAGCUACCCAACAGCCAUCUGCCAACAUUCAGCCCAACAACGUCACCCUGCAGUCGAUUGCAUCCAUGUCUGCAUAUGCCGUGCAGGCCAACUCCACCCUCGCACCGCUGUUUGACCUCAGUGUGGUUGCAUCUGUGAGCCUCAAUUUCAACAUUUCUGGACUGAGGCUGGUGGGAUCUUUAUCACUUGACGAUGUACAGAUUUCUUUACAGAAGAGCUUUGUGGGCCCAUUUCAGGUCGCCAGCCUGAAUAACAUCAUCCAGUUCACCCUGAAAGCUGUCGUGGUGCCCAUGCUGAACGAUCUUCUAACAACUGGUUUCCCACUUCCAACAAUUGAAAAGCUGCGCCUUGUUGGCCCUCAUAUUAAAAUCCUGAAGGAUUUCAUUUUGAUUGGAACAGAUUUACAGUAUGAGCAAGAUGGCAGCACUGCAGCCUACCUGCGUCGUUAGCUAGGAGGUGUCCAUUAUCAGAGGAGUAUCCACAGUGAAAACACAAGAAACAAGUCUGCUUAGGGCCUGAUGAAAUGCAAGGAAUGGCUUUAGAUCUGGCACCACCAUCUUUAAAUUUACAGUAACUGGCUUCAAAAAUUAAAAUAUCUGUUAAUAAAAUUAAUGAUUUUUCACAAGAUG